AAAUGUUAUCUUUUUUGUCAGAACUCUUAAUACGAAUGUAAUAAGUAUUUAUCUUUGAGGAUCUCUUGCAGUUUUUGAACAGUUGUCUCGUUUCCCAAAGUCGGGGUGGGGUCAUAAUUCGCGAACAACGGGACACAGUCUCAAAUCUAUUUGGUCUCUAAAAUGGCACAAUCCGCCAUUUUGAAUCUACUCCUUUUUAGCUUUAUGUUAUUUGGCGAGUCGAUUCUUGCCGCAAAAAUUGAGAUUCAUCACUUCAACGACAUCAAUAGCCAACUUCAGUCAAUUAAAAGGGGAUUCGACCCAGAUUACGAAACCAUUCCCACGCCAUGCGGUAACAGCUCAACCCCCGCCGAGUGUGAGGGUGGCAUUGCAAAUCUCAUCUAUCACAUGAACAACACUUCCCCAGAACCUGGCGCUACUAAAAAGGUGCGAAUAUCCACCGGAAACUUGGUCGGAGGAGAGAAUGGGUGGUUGUCCGUAAAUCGAUGGGAUGCAUUUGGAAAACUUCUGGGAAGAUAUUACUCGAACAACGGGACUGUCGAUUUUAUCCAAACGUUUGGCUACAAGGAGUUUGAGGCUGGUUUGGCUCGGACUCUGGAAUACUUUCAUAUAAAUACUACGAAAAAGAUCGUACUGGCCAAUGUGAAUUGCAAUGAUUCCGGAGAUUAUGGAGAUGACGAGCGAGACUUUUGCAAGAUUAGGGAAGACGCGGCAGAUUUUGCGGGGAUCGGGACAGUGGGCGUGAUUGGAUUCAUUAAUCCAUACGUGGAGGCCCUCAGUUCCCCCGGACGUUUAAAAUUCGACCCAAUCGUCCCCGCCUUAAAACGCGUCGCUGACAAUUCCAAGUACAAAAGCCUCAUCGCCAUCGGAGACGGGAGCUUGGACAUAGCAAAACAGAUUCUGGAAAAUGUUCCAAAAGUUAAGCUGGUCCUUUACGGGAGAGGAUUUGGUGCGACGAGGAACAUGAGUGGGGAGGCAUUUCCCAUGCCGUACAGAAACGGCUGGAUCGCCACUGCUGGACGGUACGGAACCAGUUUCGGGAAACUCGUCGUUGACAUCGAUGAUAUCAGUGGGGAGAUCAAACAAGUGACGGGAAAACUUGUCCAUUCAGAUCAUGUCGAUGUUGCUCAAGACAAAAUUCUGGAAGUUCAAAACUUUCUCAUCAAAGUACAAGCUCUCGAAGAUACCAAAUUGGGCAAGUCGGUCUUCAAGUUAGAGGGGGGAACGCGAUGCUGGAGGGAUGAGUGCAACUUGGGAAAUCUUGUGGCCGACGCCAUGGUCCACUGCGCUUACAAUGCAGUCGAGAAUACGCCGGUGGAUAAGCCCAUAGUGGCGAUUUGGCAUGGAGGAGCCCUCUUUAAAGAUUCCGUGAUGGGAGGAAAGAACAUCAGCGGUAUGGAUGUUCACCGAUGGCUUCCCUACCACAAUAGGGCGCAUUUGGUUCGUGUGACGGGAGAAGUAUUGUGGAGAGUUUUUGACUUGAGUGGAUCUGGUAUUACGGCCAGUCAAAAUUCAGCAGUGAAGGAUUGGGGACAAUUUCUUCAAGUUUCGAACGGUCUGGAAGUGUGGUACAAGCAGGAUGGCGUUGACGUGAAGGUGGACAGAAUUAGGAUUCUGGACGAAUCCGAGGGAAAACCUGUGAUGAGGGAUAUUGCGAUGAAUGCCGAGUACAACGUGGUCAUCCCAUCGUUUAUCAAAGAGGGUCGCAAUGUGUAUGAUCUUGUUAAGACUGCGUGGAAGCCGGUGAAGGAUAUUGGAUUUGAUGACGUGUGCCUUCAAAACUACAUCGAGGCUUUGAAAAUGGUCACGGUUGGAUUUGAGGAAAGAAUUUAUAUCAAUGACCCUGUCAGCCCUAGCUGUGACCAUCCUAAAAAGGGAGGAAACACGGCGCUCACGGUGUUCCUGACCAUCCUGUUCAUGUGUGUCAUCGUGGGAAUAGCAUAUGUUGGAUAUCGCUACGUGUGGCCCAAACUAACCGGAAGGGCCCCGGGGGAAGCUCAGAAUUUUAGAAAUUUUUAAUUACAAAAAUAAUUAUGAUAAAUACAACGCACGAAUGUAUGUACAUGUAUAUUGAUUAUUUAGCUAUAUUCGGCUGUAUUAUUAUUACUAACUGACAAUAAAAUAUUCAGAAACAGAUAA